GACUUUUUUUUUUUCCAAAAAACACAUUUAUAAUUAAUUGAUAUCCUUUUAGAUAUUUUUUGUAUUGUUUUUAAUACUUUUUUUCCAUUGCAAUGUUUGCAGUUGGAAUCACUAACUGUGUAGAGUGGUAACUAACUUGCCGAUAAGUUAUGUGAGUAAUUGGUGGUUACAGUCAAUUGUUUGGGUUGAUUGUAGUUUUAUUUUGAAAAGCUCGUUUUGCAUCGUCACCGGUACAGCUGUGACGCGUUUCCGGUCAACAGAAUGAAAGCCGGUAAAUUUCGAAGCUCGUCCUCCUGAACCCCAAACCAAACCUCUGGGACCGGCUCAGCAUGGAGAACGCUUAAGGAGAAGCUUCACUGCAUGAGGAGGAGACCGCCAGCAUCAGCAGCGAGGACCUCCCCCAAGAACCAACAACCUUCCUGAUGCGGACAGGUGACGGGGAACACACAGAGCGUUUUGAGGCUUCGCUCUGACUCAGACAUGGCGGACUCGGCGCUGGCGGAGCUGCUGUCGUGUCUCUGCCACUCAGACACGGAGAAUCCGUUUCCUGUGUGGCAGAACGGACUCAUCAGCGCCUGCUUCAACCAGCUGGUCCUGGGGGCCGUACCUCACGCGGCGAUGGCGGUCGUCAGCGCUUACUACCUCGGCACUGCCAGAUGCGGCGUCCUGCAGAGCUGUCCUCCGUGCGGUUGGACGCUCCGGAUGGCGUCGGCGCUGCUGCUGGUUCUGCUCCUGGCUGCAGACGUGCUGCUGGUGUCGCUCCUCCAGCAGGCUCACCUCUACCUGGACGUCCUGGCGGACAGCUGUGGCGUCCUGGCCUGGCUGCUCCACGUGGCGGCGCUGCAGCUCCUCCUGAACACCUCCUACAGGAGAACCCGCGGACCUCCAGCUCUGCUGCUCACGGUUCUGCUGCUGGUGCCUAACCUGGUGCUCACGUUGAUGAUCUUCUGUCACGAUGACGACUUUCUCCGCCUCGCCGAACCUUUUCUCCUCGCCAGAUUCGUUCUGGCUUCGACUCGGGCGCUGUUUGUUGUUUUGUACCUGGUUGGGUUUGCGUUUCCGUGCGUCGGCGAUGCUGGAUACUCGCUGCAGGUGAACGCUGAGGACGGAUCGCCGGUGGACGGCAGCCGGCUGAGCACCGGCGAGAUGGUGGCGGAGGACGGCAGCGGCUGCGUGUCGCGGCUGUUCUACCUCUGGCUCAACCCUCUGCUGGCACGCGGCCGGCGAGGAGACCUGAACCGGACCGCCGACGUCUACCACCUUCCUCGGAAACUACGGACCCGUGUGGUUUGUGGAUACUUCCAUCAGUGCUGGGAAGCCUGUCGGGGGGUCCGGGUCGGUGAGCGUCAGAACCAGUGGCCCAAACCGAUCGCUGACAACCAGUUCCAGGGCGUCCUGGCGCUGGAGGGCGACGUGGGGUUACUGCGCGUGCUCCACAAAGCCUUUGGGUUGAGAUUUUACCUCCUCGGCGUCCUGAAGGUGACGGUGAACGUGUCGACCUUCGCCGGCCCGCUGCUCCUCAGCGCUCUGGUGAACUUUGUGGAGGAGAAGGACGCCCCGCUCAGGACCGGCGUGCUGUGCGUUCUGGGACUUUUCCUCGCCACUACCUUAGGCUCUUUUCUCAGGAACAUCUUCGUCUUUGAGGUUUCCAAGGUGGCGCUGUCGGCGCGCGCUGCUCUGGUGUCGGCGGUUUACGGCAAAGCUCUGCGGGUCAGCAGCUGCAGCCUGGCCGGCUGUAGUUUGGGCGAGGUGGUCAACCUGAUGAGCACGGACACGGACCGCGUAGUCAACUUCUUCAACAGCUUCCACGAGCUCUGGAGCCUGCCCUUCCGCUUCGCCAUCACGCUGUACCUGCUCUACCUGCAGGUGGGCGUGUCCUUCCUCGGAGGACUCUGCGUGGUUCUGGUUCUGGUGCCGCUCAACAAGUACCUGGCCUCCCGCAUCCUGCGCAGCAACGAGCUGAUGCUGAAGUGCAAAGAUAACCGCGUCAAGCUGAUGACGGAGGUUCUGUUCGGGAUUCGCGUCAUCAAGUUCUACAACUGGGAGCCUCAUUUCACGCAGAAGGUCGCCGCCUGCCGCAGAGAGGAGCUGACCCACCUGAGAACCCUGAAGUACCUGGACGCCGUGUGCGUGUACACGUGGGCCGCUCUGCCGCUGGUCAUCUCCAUCACCAUCUUCCUGACUUACGUGCUGCUGGGGCAUCAGCUGACCGCCGCCAAGGUGUUCACCACCAUCGCCCUGGUGGGGCUGCUCAUCAUCCCUCUCAACUCCUUCCCCUGGGUGCUCAACGGCAUCCUGGAGGCCAAAGUGUCUCUGGAACGGAUCCAGCGCUUCUUCAAACUGACCAAUCAGGAUCUGCAGGCGCACUACGCCCUGGUUUCUCCUGAAGACGCUCAGACGUCGGUUCUGCUGAACCGGGCCAGAUUCUCCUGGACCGGACCCGACAGCCCCUCAGAGGGAGGAGCUGAACCCGGAGCUUGCAGAGGAAGUCUGCAGCUGCACAGCCUAAACCUGAACGUGACGAAGGGCUCUCUGGUUGUUGUGGUGGGACAAGUGGGCUGUGGGAAGAGUUCCCUCCUCUCCGCUCUGACCGGAGAACUGGGCAGGCUGAGCGGCGUGCUGUUCGUGGCAAACAGAGAAGCUGGCUUCGGCCUGGCGGCGCAGGAGCCUUGGAUCCAGCACGCCACGGUCCGGGACAACAUCCUGUUCGGCAAAGACUACGACGCCGUCUUCUACCAGGCUGUGAUCGAGGCCUGCGCGCUCUCAGACGACCUCAGCAUUUUACCUAAAGGCGAUAAGACAGAAGUGGGAGAGAACGGAGUGACUCUGAGUGGAGGACAGAAGGCUCGGCUGGCCCUCGCUAGAGCGGCUUAUAUGGACAAAGACAUCUACCUGCUGGACGAUCCACUAGCAGCUGUGGACACGGACGUGGCCGAACACCUCAUGAAGAAAUGCAUCCUGGAGCUCCUGAGGGGGAAGACCAGAAUCCUUUGCACUCACCGCAUUGAGUUUGCAGACCAAGCGGACGUGGUCGUCCUCAUGGACAACGGGACGAUCGUCAGAACGGGAACUCCAGCAGAGAUUCUUCCUUUGGUAGCAGCGGUGGCGAAAACAGGGAAGACUGACGACAGAGGGACAAAGAAAGACGGUGCCGAACAGGAUGAAGACGACGAGCUCAGUCCUCCACCUGAUUUGUGCGUGGACGAUGAUUCCGAUCUUCUGAACACCGAGAAGAAGCAAGUGGGCGGGCUGGCGUGGACGGUUUACCAGACCUACUGGACCUCCAUGGGCGGGAUGCUGGCCUCCUCCAUCUUAUUGUCUCUCCUCCUUAUGCAAGCCUCUAAGAACGUCUCUGACUGGUGGCUCUCCUACUGGGUAUCUUCCCUGCCGAGUAACUCUUCCUCCUGGAUUAACGGCUCCUCUUCAUCCACCUUCAGAUCUCCUCAUCUGCUGCUCUUCUCCUCCACUGGCCUCCUAUCGGCUCCGUCUGUCCAGGUUUCUCUCUCCAACGACUCCAGUCGGGACGUCCGGUUCUACCUGACGGUCUACGGGUCCAUCGGAGCAGCAAACACCGUCUUCACGGCCAUCAGAGCCUUCCUCUUCGCCUACGGAGUCAUCCGUGCCGCUUCUGUCAUCCACAACAGACUGCUGGACCAGAUCCUGCAGGCCACGCUGACCUUCUUCGACACCACUCCGUUGGGUCGAAUCCUGAACCGCUUCUCCUCCGACCUGUACAUCGUGGACGACAGCCUGCCGUUCAACCUGAACAUCAUGCUGGCCACCGUCUUCGGGAUGCUGGGCCUGCUGGUGGUGAUCUGCUACGGCCUGCCGUGGGUUCUGGUUCCGCUGGUCCCGCUGGCUCUGCUGUACUACCGGAUCCAGCACUACUACCGACACACGUCCAGGGAGCUGAAGCGCCUGUGCAGCCUCACCCUGUCCCCCGUCUACUCGCACUUCUCCGAGACCGUCACCGGGCUGGGGACCAUCCGGGCCAGCGCCAGCUCUGCCAGAUUCGAGGAGGAGAAUGCGCGGCGUCUGGAGCAGAGCCAGAGGUGUCUGUUUCUCAGCAACGCUGUCAUGCAGUGGCUGCAGAUCCGGCUGCAGCUGCUGGGCGUCGCCGUGGUGACCAGCCUGGCGGUGAUCGCCGUCCUCCAGCACCAGCUCAGCUCCGUGGACCCGGGUCUGGUGGGGCUGUCGCUGUCCUACGCGCUGUCCAUCACCACGCUGCUGGCCGGACUCAUAUCCAGCUUCACGCAGACGGAGAUGCAGCUGGUCAGCGUGGAGCGGACCGAGGAGUACUCCUGCAGCCUGCAGACCGAGCCGCAGGGUCACAACGCCCAGCUGCCCCCCUCCUGGCCCGAGCGGGGCAUGGUGGAGUUCAGAGACGUGGUUCUGGCCUACAGGGAGAACCUCCCUAACGCUCUGGAUGGAGUCAGCCUGCUGGUCCGACCCGGAGAGAAGAUCGGCAUCGUGGGUCGCACCGGCUCCGGGAAGUCCACCAUGUUCCUGGCUCUGUUCCGGAUGGUGGAGAUCAACCGGGGCCAGAUCCUCCUGGACCAGCUGGACGUGGCCACCGUGGGCUUAGCUCAGCUCAGGUCCAGGCUGGCCAUCAUUCCUCAGGAUCCGUUCCUGUUCAGCGGAACCAUCAGAGAGAACCUGGACCCGUGUGGGCGGCACCAGGACCAGCAGCUGCUGGAAGUCCUGGACCACUGUCACCUGUUGGCCGUGGUCGGCAGGAUGGGAGGUCUGCAGGCGGAGGUGGGCGAGCGAGGGAAACGCCUCUCUGCAGGACAGAGGCAGCUGCUGUGUUUGGCCCGAGCUCUGCUGACUCAGGCCAAGAUCCUGUGCAUCGAUGAAGCUACCGCCUGUGUGGAUCAGAAGACGGACACGCUGCUGCAGCAGACCAUCAGGGAGAAGUUCCAGGACAAGACCGUGCUGACUAUAGCCCACAGGAUCAACACCAUCAUGGACUGUGACCGCGUGCUCGUGAUGCAUGCUGGGAAGGUGAAGGAGUUCGACACGCCCGCCGCUCUGCGUCGAUCCGACGACUCCGUGUUCCACAGGCUGGUGGGAGCGCUGGAAGAAUGAAGAGACCAAAAGAAGGAAUCUCUCCUAAAACUGGAGUCUUUGUUCGCUAUCCCGGUGCGGCUUAACGCCGUCACAGUUUGUCAGAUCACAAGUUCUGAGGGGAAUCAGGCGAAGAUUAAAACUGACGGAUGCUGCUUUGGUCCACAGACUCUGGAUGAGCCAGAAAAACACCUUAAAGAUAAAAGAAGCUGCUUCACUUCCUGAGAAGUUUCCUCUGUUUGAGCACCAGCUGAUAUAGAAACCUUAAAGCUC